AUGGCUGAGGCGGGAAAAGAGCAGGCAGGCCUCACGCUGCCGGGAGGAGGGGCGGCUCAGUGGCCUCUGCAGCGGUAUGGCCGCUUCAUGCCCUCAGGCACCGGAGAGCCGCCCAGGCCUGGUCAGGACGCUGGGGCAGCCUCUUCCCCCACAUGGAAGGUUUUUGACUCCAAUGAAGAAUCUGGGAAUCUUGUUCUCACCAUCGUCAUAUCAGGUCAUUUCUUCAUUUCCCAAGGACAGACGCUGCUGGAAGGGUUUUCACUCAUUGGUAGCAAGAACUGGUUGAAGAUUGUGAGACGCAUGGAUUGUCUGUUGUUUGGAACAACAAUAAAGGACAAGAGCCGCAUGUUCCGGGUGCAGUUUGGUGGAGGGUCCAAGGAGCAGGCGCUGGAACACUGCGGCAGCUGUGUGCAGAAGCUGGCCCAGUAUGUGACCGUCCAGGUGCCUGACGGAGUCAGCCAGGAGCUCGGACUGAGUCCCGGCCCGCUGAGGGCAGGUGAAAGCUGUGCACAGCACGUCCCGCCGCAGCAAGGGCCACCCCAGAACCCGGAGAAGCCGCAGCCGUGUGGACCGGCCAGCACGAGCGCUUCCGGAGGAAGGAGCUCAAUGAGUUCGUUAGCCCAGUCUCUCCUGGUGUCAGAGGCGCGGCCCCCCAUCUGUGAACAACCUGCGUGGGACGCGGAAGAGUUAGGCCCCUUUCUACGCUUGUGCCUCAUGGAUCAGAAUUUCCCCGCAUUUGUGGAAGACGUGGAAAAGGAACUCAAAAAGCUGACAGGGUUGAGAAAUUAA